UUAGCCAGGAUGAUCUCGAUCUCCUGACCUCGUGAUUCGCCCAAGUCGGCCUCCCAAAGUGCUGGGAUUACAGGCGUGAGCCACCGCGCCUGGUAUCAGCCCUGCUUUUAAGAAGCCUGUGGGCUGGAGGAGGGGAAGGGAGGCAUUUGGAUGCCUGAUAAGGGGGAAACGGGAGAGAACACCUGAUUGGGUGUGCUUGGGAAAGCCGUGACACUGGAUGAGCAGGAUUUGAUAAGAUGGGGGCAGGGUGUGGGGGGGAUGAUGAAGUGAGAACGCUGUUGUUUUAGUCAAAACCUGUUUUGAAUCUUGACUCCAGCACCUACUAGCUUUGUAACUUGGGCCUGUUAUUUAAUCUUCAGAGCCUUGGUUUCUUCAUGUACAAAACGUGAAUGCAGAUAGUAACAGAGCUGUAAGGGGUCUGAUGACGGAUAUAAAAGCCAAGCAUACCCUGUAUGGCUGAGGAAUAGUAUACAGUUAUCCUAGGGUAUCUUAGGUGACAGGAACAGCAUGAACAAAAGUGUAGAGGUGGCAUUUAAAAAGGAAUUUGAUGGAUGGCAGACGAGGGUCUAGGAUAUUCCAGGUGGCAAAAAGCAUAAAGCUUGGGUGCUGGAAAGACAAUUUCAAUCAUGGAUUUGGCAGAAAGGUCAAUGAUUUUUAUUUUUGAUUGCUGUUGCCCCAGCUGGUCUCGAACUUCUGGCCCCAAGUGAUCCUUCUGUCUUGGCCUUCCAAAGUGCUAAAAUUACAGGCAUGAACCACCACGUCCCACCUAGUGACUGAUCUUUAAAGAUCAUGAAACCACACGGUGGCUCUCGCCUGUGAGCCAGCACUUCAGGAGGCCAAGGCAGGCGGAUCGCUUGAAGUCAGGAGUUCAAGACCAGCCUGGCCAACGUGGCGAAACCCCAUCUGUACAAAAAAUACAAAAAUUAGCCAGGCAUGGUGGCACAUGCCUGUGAUCCCAACUAUUUCGGAGGCUGAGGCAGGAAAAUUUCUUGAACCUGGGAGGUGGAGGUUGCAGUGAGCCAAGAUCCCACCACUGCACUCUAGCCUGGGUGACACAGUGAGACUCUGUCUCAAAAAAAAAAAAAAAUCAUGAAACCAAACUUCAAAGAAAUUGAAAGAAAAUGGCUACUGUGGGCCGGGCGCAGUGGCUCAUGCCUGUAAUCCCAGCAGUCUGGGAGGCCGAGGUGGGCGGAUCAUGAGGUCAGGAGUUCAAGACUAACCUGACCAACAUGGUGAAACCCUGUCUCUACUAAAAAUAAAAAAAUUAGCUGAGAGUGGUGGCACAUGUCUGUAAUCCCAGCUACUCGGGUGGCUGAAGCAGGAUAAUUGCUUGAACCUGGGAGGCAGAGGUUGCAGUAAGCCGAGAUUGUGCCACUGCACUCCAGCCUGGGCAACAGAGCGAGACUCUGUCUCAAGAAAAAAAAAAAGAAAAAGAAAAAGAAAAAGAAAAUGGCUACUGUGGGCCGGGCAUAGUGGCUCACACCUGUAAUCCCAACACUUUGGGAGGCCGAGGCAGGCAGAUCACUUGAGGUCAGGAGUUCGAGACCAGCCUGUCCAGUAUGGUGAAACCCCAGUUCUACGAAAAAUACAAAAAUUAGGCCGGGUGUGGAGGCUCAUGGCAGUAAUCCUAGUACUUUGGGAGGCCGAGGCAGGCGGAUCACGAGGUCAGGAGUUUGAGACCAGCCUGACCAAUAUGGUGAAACCCCAUCUCUACUAAAUAUACAAAAAAAAAUUUGCUGAGUGUGGUGGCGUGCGCCUGUAAUCCCAGCUACUCAGGAGGCUGAGGCAGGAGAAUGGCUUGAACCCAGGAGGCAGAGGUUGCAGUGAGCUGAGAUUGAGCCACUGCACUCCAGCCUGGGCGACAGAGCGAGACUCCAUCUUAAAAAAAAAAAAAUAGCUGCUGUGUAUUGAGGGUCUUCCAUGUAGCAGGCACUUGGCUUUACAUUCCUUUUGCAUUUCAGCCCACAGCCAUCUAAGAGGUUGACAUUAACAUCCCCACUUUGUGGGUGAGGAGCCUGAGGCUCAGGGAGAGGGAGUGGCUGGCUCAAGGCCACCAGCUGGGACCAUGAGGAUGGGUCUUGGAAGGUUCCAGGGAGGUGGGUGGAGUUGGUUGCAGGUUACAGGAUUUCUCACCAGCUUAUGCAAGGAGGCUGGUGUGGGCUCCAAGCUGUUCUUCCCUGGGAGAGGUGGGGCUGCUGUUCUUUGCUGGGGCGGAUUGAGGGUGGGGAGGGCAAGUGGGGGAAGGCUGUUUCCUGAUGGAGGAGUGGAAUCUGGAAGAGAAACCAUUAAAAGAGUAACCCUGCACACUCCUGCCUCAGCUUCCUCUCCAGGGUGGCUGUUUACCUGGACAAGUUGCAGUCGGCACAGGUCUACAGGGGGCCGGGGGCAGUUUGUCUUUGGCAUUCUCAAACAUUGUAUGUGUUCCUGCUCCUUGCAGGCCCCCAUCUUCUGACUUUUCCUCGUGUGACCCAUCUUUUCAAAUUCCCUUACCUGAGGAAGGAGCCCGAUUACAAGGAUAUUCCCCUGCUCCUACCCUGAUCUAGGGACGAGGAUGGCAAGACUGCCUGUGGCCAUGAGCCCUCCCAGGUGCUCCUGGGGCUAAGGCUGGGGCUGCAGCCAUGGGGCUGGGUCGGCCCCAGGCCUGGUUGCUGGGUCUGCCCACGGCUGUGGUCUAUGGCUCCCUGGCUCUCUUCACCACCAUGCUGCACAAUGUCUUCCUGCUCUACUAUGUGGACACCUUUGUCUCAGUGUACAAGAUCAACAAAAUGGCCUUCUGGGUGGGAGAGACGGUGUUUCUCCUCUGGAACAGCCUUAAUGACCCCCUCUUCGGUUGGCUCAGUGACCGGCAGUUCCUCAGCUCCCAGCCCUGGGUGCUCUGUUUGGGUUGGAGAGGUGGCCUUGGACGUACACUUGCCUGGCUCGGCAGGGGAAGAGAUCUACCCUGGCUUGGCUUGGCUGGCCCCUCUGGACUGUGGACUGCAAACACCCGCUGCUGCUUCUGGAAGAUUCCUUUGCCCCAUCCCUGCUUGAGCCCAUCAUCACCCCCAACCUUGAGAAGUGGGCAUCCCAUACCCUUUGGCCAUCAGCACGACAGGCUAAUAAGGGGGUGGAAAUUGGGGCAGAGGAGGGAGUGUACCCACUGCAGGUCAGGCGCCGGGCUCUCCUCAAGGGCCGUGGUGCUGGCCCGGGUGCAGGCCCUGGGCUGGCAUGGGCCGCUGCUGGCGCUGUCGUUCCUGGCAUUCUGGGUGCCCUGGGCCCCAGCUGGCCUGCAGUUCUUGCUGUGCCUGUGCCUCUAUGAUGGCUUCCUGACGCUCGUGGACCUGCACCACCAUGCCUUGCUGGCCGACCUGGCCCUCUCAGCCCACGACCGCACCCACCUCAACUUCUACUGCUCCCUCUUCAGCGCGGCCGGCUCCCUCUCUGUCUUUGCAUCCUAUGCCUUUUGGAACAAGGAGGAUUUCUCCUCCUUCCGCGCUUUCUGUGUGACACUGGCUGUCAGCUCUGGGCUGGGCUUUCUGGGAGCCACACAGCUGCUGAGGCGGCGGGUUGAGGCGGCCCGAAAGGACCCAGGAUGCUCAGGCCUGGCUGUGGAUAGCGGCCUGUGUGGAGAGGAGCUGCUUGUGGGCAGUGAGGAGGCGGACAGCAUCACCUUGGGCCAGUAUCUCCGGCAGCUGGCACGCCAUCGGAACUUCCUGUGGUUCGUGAGCAUGGACCUGGUGCAGGUCUUCCACUGCCACUUCAACAGCAACUUCUUCCCUCUCUUCCUGGAGCAUCUGUUGUCCGACCAUAUCUCCCUUUCCACGGGCUCCAUCCUGUUGGGCCUCUCCUAUGUCGCUCCCCAUCUCAACAACCUCUACUUCCUGUCCCUGUGCCGGCGCUGGGGCAUCUACGCGGUGGUGCGGGGGCUCUUCCUGCUCAAGCUGGGCCUUAGCCUGCUCAUGUUGUUGGCUGGCCCAGACCACCUCAGUCUGCUGUGCCUCUUCAUUGCCAGUAACCGUGUCUUCACUGAGGGCACCUGUAAGCUGCUGACCUUGGUGGUCACCGACCUGGUAGACGAGGACCUGGUGCUGAACCACCGCAAGCAGGCAGCCUCGGCACUCCUCUUUGGCAUGGUUGCCCUGGUGACCAAGCCAGGCCAGACCUUUGCCCCGCUGCUGGGCACCUGGCUGCUCUGUUUCUACACAGGUCAUGACCUCUUCCAGCAGUCCCUCAUAACCCCUGUGGGGAGUGCCCAUCCCUGGCCAGAGCCCCCAGCUCCAGCCCCUGCACAGGCCCCGACGCUCCGCCAGGGCUGCUUCUACCUGCUGGUGCUGGUGCCCAUCACCUGUGCUCUGCUGCAGCUCUUCACCUGGUCCCAGUUCACGCUGCAUGGGAGACGCCUGCACAUGGUCAAGGCCCAGCGCCAGAACCUGUCACAGGCCCAAACCCUGGAUGUUAAAAUGGUGUGAGAGCUGUGGCAAGGUCACCCCGCUGAGGACGCUGCUGGCAGCCUGGGGGAGGAGCCAGUUUUUUUGUUUUUUUUUAAGGAUUUCAUAGUUUUUUUUUUUUUUUUUUUUUUUUUUUUUUCGGAGAUGUUGCCCAAAAAAAUAGAUCUGUUGCUCAGGCUGGAGUGCAGUGGUGCAAUCUGGGCUCACUGAAACCACCACCCGGGUUCAAGCAAUUAUCUUGCCUCAGCCUCCCGAGUAGCUGGGAUUAUAGGAGCGUGCCACCAUGCCUGGCUACUUUUUGUAUUUUUAGUAGAGACAGGGUUUCAUCACGUUGGCCAGGCUAGUCUCCAACCCCUGACCUUAGGUAUCAGCCUGCCUUGGCCUCCCAGAGUGCUGGGAUUACAGGCAUAAGCCACUGUGGCCGGCCUAAUUUUUGUAUUAUUUAGUAGAGACAGGGUUUCACCACGUUGGCCAGGCUGGUCUCGAACUCCUGACCUCAAGAGAUCUGCCUGCCUUGGUCUUCCAAAGUGCUGGGAAUACAGGCGUGAGCCACCGCACUCGGCCAGGAGCUAGUUUUACCAGCAUCCUGCUCCACUGCCUUCCUCUAGUGCAGCCUGGAAGACAUGGCAGCGGGGAGCUCCUGGGGCUGAGCCAGAAGCAUCACUGUGGUCAAAGUCUCUGCUUAGCUGUCUGGCUCAGCUUGGGCAAGGGCUGAGCCAGAAGCAUCACUGUGGUCAAAGUUUCUGCUUAGCUGUCUGGCUCAGUUUGGGCAAUGUGUGCUGAGCCAUAUGUGCUCAGGGACGUGCUUCUCUUGUAAGGCAGGAGGAUAGAAGAGGACCAAGAAGGGAGGGGGCUGCCCUGUGGUGCACACGGGCCUGCCGUGGGGCGUGGGAGCCCAUCCCGCUGCCUGGCCGGAGCUGGCCGCUGUGGUGGACUCAGGAACCACCUUUAAUACUGCAACUGCUCCCUUUUGCCCAGUCAGGGAAAGCUGACUGUAAGUCCCACCUCCCCCUCGGUCCACCCUUCUAGUGGUUUCUCUGAGAGGUUUCUCUGCUUCAGCUGUGCUUGAAGUGGCAUGCCUCCUCUGCUGCAGGGCUCCCCCAUCCCCACACGGCCUCUAAAGAUGUUUAUUUCCUUAUAGACUGAUUAAAGUCAGCCAUUCUUUUUCCUCAA